AUGGCAUUUGAACGAAAACAUGUCUCCAGGCUUGUUCCUGCAGAUCACAAAAUCCUCAUGCCUCUCCUCCUGGCAGUGACCAUCGUGAACUCAGCUACCCUGGGUUACGACUCAUCCGUCAUGAACGGCCUUUUGAUCUUGCCCUCCUACUCCGAAUACUUCCACUUGACAACGGCCACUGAAGGUCUCAACAAUGCUGCCAAUUGGAUGGGCAGCAUCUUCGGUGCCUUUCUCAUGGGUCCUAUUCCCGAUCACUUCGGCCGCCGACGCGCAAUCUACAUCGCAUCGAUCGUAACCACAAUCGGCAUCAUCUUGCAGGCUGCGGCUCAGAACAUACCUAUGUUCGUGGUCGCCCGUUUUCUUGUCGGUGUUGGAUCCGCUAUUAGCAAUGGCGCUGCACCAACCCUUCUUGGAGAGCUGCUCCCUCCACGUCGACGAGCCCGCGUCCUCGGGUUGUUCUUCUCCUGCUUCUACGUCGGUAGUUUGGCCUCAGCCAUCAUAAACUACGGAAGUCAAAAUAUUCAGAGCACAUGGGCUUGGCGAUUACCUUCUCUUCUCCAGUUUGUUCCCAGCUUGUUGGCUGUCAUGAUUGUUCCCUUCGUCCCGGAGUCUCCACGAUGGUUGAUAUCUAAGGAUCGGAACGAAGAAGCUCUCGAAGUUCUGGUCAUUAUGCAAGGUAAGGACAAGACUGACCUCCAAAAGGGAAGUGAGCAGCUGGAAGAGAUUAGGAGCACGAUCUUGCGCGAAGCUCAAGAAUAUCCUCGCAACCCCUGGAGGGAGAUGAUUUCCAGCAGGCCGAACAGGCGCAGACUGGCUAUUCUAUGCAGCUUUGGACCCAUGAUCAACCUGUUUGGUAACUUUAUCAUAUCCUUCUACCUCACCAAGAUCCUCAAUCAGGCCGGCAUAACCAACACGACAACCCAGACACAAAUCCAGGUUAUCAUCAACUGCUGGUCAUUCGCGGUCGCUGUACUCGGUAGCUUCAUGUUAGACAUUCUCGGGCGUAGAUUACAGACCUUCAUCGGUGUUGGCGGCAUGGUCGUUACUCUCUUACUGAUAGGCGGUCUCAUCAAGCGUUUCGGCGAAAGCACCAACAACUCCGCCAUAUACGGGACUAUCGCUGUCAUUUUCCUCUUCCAAGGAUUUUACGCCUUUUCAAUCACGCCAAUGACAAGCUUGUAUCCCACCGAGGUCUCGCCAUUCAAGCUUCGUGCUACAGGCAUUGCCAUCUUCCGCAUGCUUGACUCCAGUGCUGGUCUUCUUGCUUCCUUCGCCAUGGCAUAUGCAAUGGCUGAUCUGGGAUGGAAGUUCUACUUCAUUAAUGCUUCAUGGGAUUUCAUAUUCCUCGUCAUUGCUUACUUCACCUUCGUGGAAACGAAGGGCUUGGAACUGGAAGAGAUCAAUGCGAAAUUUGGAGAGUCAACUGUGGUGGAGGCUGUGGUAGAAGACUCCGCAUCCAAUGACAGGGGCAGUAAGGACGACUGGACGGUCAAAACGCAGGCCCAGUAA